AUGAUCACCAAGUUCGCCCUCGAAUCAAAACCACAACAGGUCCGAGCCAGCAAGCCAAAGGUUCGCAGUGGCUGCGUAACCUGCAAGCUUCGCCGCGUCAAAUGUGACGAGGGCAGACCAGCAUGCGCACCUUGCUUGAAGUAUCAAGGCCAUUGUGGAGGAUAUAAAGCAAGCAAAGCUCAGUCCUCCAAGCUUCCACCUAAACAUCGGCUGUUGUAUCCCAAGCCCAAACAAGGACAGAACCAAGCCCUCGAUGUCGUACUCAUGGAGCCAAACUACUCGGCUCUCGUCUUCUCGAGCCAGCUGGAGAAGGACCACUUUGACUACUGGCUAUCCUUCACCAACACCGCCAUCCUGUUCCGAUCCGAUCUACUCACUCAAAUUAUCCCACAACUCUCAUGGAAUGAUCCGGCCAUCAAACACGCAGCUUUGGCCGUAGGCGCCGCGGCCGUGGGGGCUACUAUACGAGAACAACGUCUCCUCGGGCGAGGGAGGUUCAACUCGGAUGCUCUAUUCCACUACACGAAGUCGAUGAAUAUCCUCUACUCAACACCGAUGUCCCUCGAACGCACAUUACUAGCAUGUCUCUUGUUCAUCAUCUUCGAAUGUUUCCGAGGCAACAAGGCAGCUGGACUGAACCACAUCAACCAUGGGUCCCGAAUCCUUGACCAAUGCCCACAAAUUCAAGGCGCGCAACCGAGCCCUCUGCUGGAAGAAGUGAUAACUAGUUUCCAGCAUCUGAGUCUUCAAUCCUGGACCCCCGGCGGAGAUCAUCCCAAGGAGACGAAGAGCCGAGUACCGUGGUGUUGCCGCGGACGCAAGGCGCAAUACGCUGUCGACGAGAUGCCCACGACGUUUGAGACGCUAGAAGCGGCCCGCCGUUGGUGGAAUGUCGUCCGCCACCAUGUCGAGCACCAUGCACCGCUUUACACUGGGUUCGUAGUCGAGGGAUCGACGGCGCCUUUACCAGAGAAACCGCCGCACGAAUACAGCUCGCCUAGCUCUCAGGCACGUGUCCGGAGCUUUGUACGCUUCACUGACGCCUGGUAUCUUGCUUUUCAGCCACUCGCCGUCGAAGCAGAGGAUGAUAAAAUAUGGAACCCCCGGGGCUAUUACCAGGCUCUGAGCCUCAGAAUACAUUACUUGUACCUCUGGAGCGUGAUACGCUGUGCCGGGUGGACUGAUCUGGAGGAAACCAAGCGCAUCACUCUGGCGUUCAUGGAUAUUAUAUCGAUGAGCAGGCAGAUCCUCGAGGCGCACGAUGCUGACCAACGUAGUUGCAAAGAGGCAGCAGAGGUCUUUACGAUCGAGUACGGCCCGACCUGGCCUCUGGGUACUGUGUUUCUCAUGUGCACAUUGCCUGAGGUGAGACAUGCCAUUGUCCAGCUCUUCAAGGACUUUCCUCGGCGUGACGGACUCUGGGAUACGAGUGCGUUCCUGGUCAUUAUGGAGUGGGUGAAUACGAUGGCGGACAAAGGUCGCAUCACGAAUGACCAACGGCAUGUUGUCGACUGUAAGGUUGUCUUUGGCGAGGCAUCGGUGACCCUCGAGAAGCAGCUUUGGGACCCUGUGGAGUUGAAUUGGGAAAGCCGCAGUGUAUGCUUUAGCUACUAA